AUGCACGGAUGCAACAGUAACCCAGUAGCCGGUCGUACCAGAGCCAGAUGCACAAAUGCACCAGUAGCCGGAGUGCUGGGUGAAGUGAUGGCUGGAUUAACGAGGCCAGAGAACCCAGUCAGUGACAACACCAGUAAUGGCGGGGUGAUGAUGUCGAGUCCUUCCGUCCGAGUGUUACAAGAGCUGCACAUUUCUGAGUUUUGUAUCUUUAGCCGCUUCUUAAAGUUCCUGUUGAAAGUUUCGGUCAUGGUGGGUCUGCUGCUGGCAGCACAAAGGUUGACCUCAAAGAAACCAGCCCUUCCUUCACGUGCAGUUAACUACUCCUUGAGGUCAGGUCCUCGGGGCAAUGUCACUGAGAACCCAAAGAUCAUUUUGUUGUACGUCAAGACCAAAUAUCAACCGGUCAUUAAAGAGUUGUCUACCCUUCGUGGUUGCCCGGAAGUGAAGUGUCGUCUGACCACAAACCAGCUGUAUCUACCAAACAGCAGUGCUGUGAUGUUUGCUGCGAAUUUCCUGCGCUUGGAAACUCCACCACCACGACACAAAGACCAAGUUUGGAUUCUACAUAACCACGAAUCACCCCAGAAACACUGGCUUGGAAAACGAAGCAUUUGGCUACCGAGCUGGAAAAAUGUAUUCAAUUGGACGUUUGAUUAUAGGGUGGAUAGUGAUAUCCCUGCUCCUUAUGGCGUUCUACAAGCUAGAAAUGACACCAUCGAUAAAGAUUAUUCUGCGAUUUUUAAACAGAAAAAUGGUACAAUUGCAUGGAUGGUAAGCAAUUGCGCCGGAGACAGCAAACGAAUGGAGUAUGUGAAGGAGCUCAUGAAGUACGUCCAAGUUGACAUAUAUGGAGCUUGUGGAAACCAUAAAUGCCCAAAGAAGGAUGGCCCAGCAUGUUUUGAGAUGUUGAGCUCAAAGUAUAAAUUUUAUCUGUCUUUUGAAAAUGCAUUUUGUAAAGAUUAUGUAACAGAAAAGUUCUUUGUAUACUACGAACUUAAUUUCAUUUUGAUAACUCGCGGGGGUGGUGAUUAUACUAAACAGGCUGAAAACAAUACUUACAUAAAUGCAAUGGAUUUUGAAUCUGCCAAACAUUUAGCAGAUUUUGUCAAACAGCUUGCCAAUAAUGAAACCGAAUAUACAGGGUAUUUGAAGAGAAAGGAUAAAUACAAAUCUGUAUAUGAAGAAUACGCAUUUAAGGAACAUGGUGUGAUUGUUCAACGAGCGUACAGACUGGAGGCCCAGGGAAUGUGUGAAGUGUGCAGGAGACUGUGGGACAUCGAGAAGUACAGGAAACAAUAUGACGACAUAACCACGUGGUUCAACAAAGGCUUGUCCUAUCCACAGCCAUAA